UGCAAUAAUAAGCUAGUAUGCCAACCACCAAUAAACAUUAGAAGAAGAAGAAGAUCAUCAGCUCCAGAGCACUGCUGUCUUUGUUGCAUUUAGGGACGUUUUUCCUUCAGGAUCCCGUGGAAAGGACGCGUUUUGACUCUUUUAUUUGGUUUUUAAAACCAUGUUCACGCAAGACCUGCACUAAAUGAUAUGUUCUUCAAGCUGUUCCAACAAUAAAUAAAUAAAAUGGAUGUAUCGCGACCAUCUGGCUAGUUUAAAAAGUACAAAUUAACCCCAUCAAGAGAAAACCCCUGCUCCAACAAAGGAUCGUUUUGUCAAUUUCUGCUGGAUUUACUUCAGAUUUACAGCGAUCUGGACCCAGGCUCUCUUUUGUAAACACGAGGCCGACUUCUGUUGCUCAAAGCUUGUGAGCCAUCAUGGCCAAAGUGCAGGUGCUAAACGUGUCAGUUCUGGAUAAUCCCAGUCCUUUUGGAAACCCGUUUCAAUUCGAAAUCACAUUUGAGUGUAUGGAGGACCUACCUGAAGGUGAGAGAUGUCACACAUUCACACGGUUUACUCGUAUUCUGCAAUUACUUUGUAAAGCGGACGCUCCAAACACAGGGCUGAUCCCCGAGAGCGAUGCAGUGGGCGUGACCGUCGUGCUGAUCACAUGCACCUAUCGGGGACAGGAAUUCAUUCGCAUUGGUUACUAUGUAAACAAUGAGUACACAGACCCUGAGCUGCGGGAAAACCCACCUGUCAAACCCAACUACACACAG